CAAGUGACUCUACAUCUAGGACCAUAAAGGGGAACAUCGUAAGGCCAUCAUGUGGUCGCUGGCUGUCCUUGUGACAUUGGCUGUGCUCACCUUUGGCGAGGCUGCAGAAUCAAGAUGUUGUGACACACCUGAUGAAUAUUAUGGUGCAAAGGACUGCAAGGAGCUCCAGGAAAAAGGAGCGGUGAUCAGUGAUUGGCACACCAUAUACCCCGAGGGGGAGAAGCCAAUGAAAGUGCUCUGUGACAUGCACACCGAUGGCGGUGGAUGGAUUGUGAUUCAGAGACGUUGGGAUGGCUCUGUGGAUUUCACCCGAAACUGGAGUGCAUACAAAAUUGGAUUCGGUAGCCGUCAGGAAUUUUGGCUGGGGAAUGAGAAAAUUCACAAGCUAACAACCCACGGUAAAUGGGAGCUGCGUGUUGAUCUUCAUAGUUUUGAUGAGGUAAAACACUUUGCAAAAUAUUCCUCAUUCAAGAUUCUGGGAGAGUGUGAAAAGUUCAAGUUAUGGCUUGGCUCUUUUACCGGAGGAACGGCAGGUGAUUCACUGAGUCAGCACCAUAACAUGAAGUUCAGCACUUUUGAUGAGGACAACGAUGAAAGCACCUCCACCCACUGCGCCAAUUUGUUCAAGGGAGGCUGGUGGUUUAAAUCUUGCCACUCUGCCUUCAUGAAUGGUCAGUACCUGAAGGGAGAACACAAGGAAUCUUUUGUUGGCAUCAAUUGGCAAACUGGCAGGGGUCAAUACUAUUCUUAUGCACACGUAGAAAUGAAGAUCAGACCCAUUUUGUGAACCCCUGAAUUCACUAAUUACACAGAAGAGCUUUUGAAAUAUACAAUGCCAUAUAUGAUUUAAACCAUAAGACUAGAAGAAUGGAAUAUCCACUCUACUACAAUUCUGAAAAUUUCUCACUGGAGAAUGGGGGUUGUAGUCUGGAUGGAGACUGCCUGCCAUGUUUCUUCUUGUUCUUCUAUCGUUAUAUCUCAAUAUUACUGUAUACCUAGUGUAUUCCUGAUGACAUCACUGAACAUUAUGGACAUUUUCAUAGACAAUGACUGGGAGAAUGCCAGGGAUGUCAGUAUGAUGUCAUCUUGGAAACACUCACUCUAAUUUCAUGCAUGAGGUUACCAAUAAAUAAAAAUGUUGCUUCAAAUAAAUAAAA